ACAGUAUAUACAAGAGGUCAAGGUGAACAUGGCUGACAUUACUCUCUCAAUCAAAAUAUAGAAUAUAUAAUCUUAAAUUUCCAUCAUAAAUUGAAGUGAUAACUCUUAUAGCCAAUGAAUUAAACAUAAAUAUUAUACAAAAAAUAACGAAAAUGUCAAAGUGUAUUGACCAUGUAUGUACUUCACAAAAUAAUGGUGAUUACUCUGCGACUAAAGAGAAUGUAAAUCAAGUUCCCAGUCUUCAAAAAUCAGCUUUAAAAUAUAUUUUAAAUAAUGUGGAAAAUAUUAUUGGUCACCGGAUGACAUUUCUUCCUUGGAAUGUAGCAGAACUAAUAUUGGAAGGAAUCGAUCAUGAAAUUGACGGAAUUCAAGAAAAGUAUUUAACAUACUUUACUUCUGACAGCUCUUGCUUGAGGACAGGUCAUCGAAUAGAUGUUUUGGAGGCAGUGAACAUUCACUUGUUUUGCGUUGAAGAAUGGCUAUGCUACGUAGAUAAUAUUCAUUUAAAGCACUUAAACAUUUCCAAAUGCCUACUCAACGUUAGCUCGACUGCUUUUAAUAAUCAAAAUUUAAAGUUUGUAGUAGAUCAGUUACCCUUACUCCAAGGAUUGAACUUAUCGGAAACAAAAGUAACUGAUUUAGAAACUUUGAAUAAAUUACGGGAAUUAAAAAUUUUCAUGUUCAAAGAUAAUGAUACAAAUUCAUAUAAACAUUUGAAAGAUGUUAUGAAUUUAAAAAUGAUUGAUUUAUCUUCUGAAUUAUGGACAGAACCUCAGAAAAAGUCCCUAACGGAUUUGUUACAAAUUGCUAAAUGGCCAGAUAUACGCUAUCUCGAUAUUUCUGGUAAUAUGGAAUGUAAUGAGAAUAUAUUGAGAAAUUUUCUCAAAGCUCAUAAAAAGUUAACUUUUCUUGGAAUCUUUAAGACAAACUGUGAAAGCCUCACGAUUUUUGAUCCAAAACACAAAGAACAUUUUUUUGGUUUAAAGACUUUGACUGAUUUAAUGAAUCACUGGAAACCAACACGAUACAAAAAUAGUGAAAAACUAAAUAUCCACAUGGGCGGUUUGGCUUGUCUUUAUAAUCUUACAAAAGAUGAACCGUCAUUAUUGCCAUUGGGUUUAAUAUCUGUAAUUGUUAAUUGCUGUCUGGACGCUGUGGAAUGCGGCGUUCAUCAAGAGCAACUUGUUAAAAACGGUCUAAUGAUUUUAUGCUCUGAUUACAUUUUAAAUAACGUUUUAACAACAAAGCAAACUGCCAAAUUAUGUAAAAACUCAGAAUAUAUUACAAAAAUGAUUGCUUUAGUAAAAUCUAAAGUAGAGCCAUAUUUAAAUGUGGACUAUGUUUUACGAUUUACAUUGAGUGCUCUUUGGAAUAUUACUGAUGAAUGCUUACAAACUUGUAGAACAUUUAUCAAAAAAGGCGGUCUUGAUGUUUUUAAACAGGCUUUAGAGAAAGUAGAUUCACUAUCCGUUGAUGACCCCUUUGUCAGCACCGAAACAAAACUUUUUGGAUUGUUGAACAAUAUAGCCGAAAUUCCUGAACUAAGAAUACACUUGUUAAUUGAUGAAGAUUUGAUGAAUGCAAUAAUUCAAAGACUCAAAAAGUCGAAUAUUGUCUCAAUUGCCUAUUUCGCAGCCGGGAUACUUGCAAAUAUAAUUAUCGGACACGAUUUUUCAGGAAAUGAAAAGUUUACGACAUUAGUGUUUGUGAAAAAAAGAUCUGAAUAUGCUAAACUCCUUGCAGAGUCUGUUGAAUCAUGGCCGGAACAAGAAACCGAAGUCGUUGCUUAUAGAUCGUUCAAACCAUUUAUACCUCUUCUCCGAAAUUCUGAAUUUUAUGGAGUACAGUUGUGGGCUUUAUGGGCAAUAGAACACGUUUGCAAGUUGAACAGUUAG